AUGGAACCACUCGCACUUCCUCCCUCUUCCCCGCCUCCAGCAGACUCUGGGGAUGGCGAGACGACACCAACAACUCCAAUAGCGGCCAGUGGACCUCCCCGACCUGCUUCACCCGCAUUUAGCGUAGCAGAGACGACUCGUGCUGGUGGUUCGAGCAAUAGACAAGGCCGAAGUAGCUCUGGAUACAACAUUCCGGACCAGACAUCGAUCAACAAUCUUGUGAACGGAUUUACAGCUACAUUGGAGCAAUUAGAUUCGAAUCUUAAAGCCCUUGCAGUCCAUGCGAAAGAAGUGGAUGCACUUGGUCCACCACCCGACGCUGCUGCACAAAUCCAUAAAUUGCGAUUACAACUCCGAGCUCAAGACAAGAAACAAGAAGCACGAAUUGCAGAUAUCAAACAUAUUGUCAAGGAUGUUCUCAAAGAACAGAUCGCCGAACACAUGCGCCCUCAAAUUCAAGAACAAAUUCGGCUUGAGCUAAGACAACAAAUCCAAGCCGCUGUGAAGGAACAAAUCUCCGAGCACCUUCCGGUGUCUCUCCAGGAUCAGGCCGAUGAGAGUAAACGUCAGUUGAUUGAGGUCCGAAAUUCGUUGCUCAAUAGCGAGGCUCGUCGGGCGAAUGCCACUCUACGUUCAACCAACUUGGACGAUGCACUUGCGCCUGUCGUCAAAGCCAACGGCGAAGAAUCCGCCUUGGCUCCACAAACCCUGCGACAACUCUUCUCAUACGAUAGUGCCCAAGCACGUGCAUUGGUUCGGGAUUACGGCCUACGCGAACACGAUGUGCGCGAACGCAACCUAAACAGGUUCAUGGCGCAUAUCGGUGUCCAAUUCAACCUUAUUCCUAUUCCGGUUAUGGUAGAUGGAGUUGUCGACGAGAAUGGUGCGCCUAUUGGUGUUACAUUGAUCUGA